CUGGUGCCCACCCUCAGUUCUCUCUCUACAAUUGGACUGCGGCUGAAAUCUGGAGAUGAUUAGUGGAUCUCAGACCUCCUACAGUGUUACACUGCAAGAAGAGCAUAGAAAAUAAAGAUCACAGAGCGAGUUGUAUCCUUUGAAUAAUCAAUGUCUAAAAUCGUAUCUGUGUCAAUGUUCGAUGGGUGUUGUUAUUGUAACUGACAGUAUCUGUCUACUUUUGAUGUACUUCAAAUCAUGUUUUCGUGUCAAAAUAUCCGUUUCACUCACAACAUUAACUCAAUCACCUUCAUUUUCUAACCGAGCCACCUUUUAUUUUAAAGAUCUGGGACAGUAUGACAACAUUGUCGUGGGAGCCACUGUCGUUGGUUCCAACAGCAACGACGGGACUAAGACGGUAGACGGUGAAGUUGUUACGUAUGGUGAACUCAUCGACAAUAAGUACGAUACCGGCUACGUAUUUGAAGCUGCCCAACUUGGACCCCAAGACCAGAUAAAACUUGUGGUCACAUUCAAAAGUCCCGGUGACGGUGAAGACAGCUACGGAAUCAAUAAACUUUUCAUCUUCUCCAAGAAGGACUUACCAUCUGUUACCGGCUGGAAGGUUUAUUUCAAAUCGAUCCCGCGUAACGGGGCCGAAUGGCCGUGUCAAAGAAAUGACGGAACAGGGGAGGCAGUGCCCUCCACUGGCAAAAGGACCGAGAAGUGGGACGGCUGGGAAGCAGAAGUAAAGUGCGGUCCGAACACCCAGACUAAAAGCUUGAUUCUAAUUCAUAAGAGUGCAAUUUCUUACAACUGAAACG